AUACCAAGGCGAAUAAGACAGACGUGUAAAGUUGUGACGUUUUGAUUAGAAAAAAAUUUCGUUGAAUUGUCCAAACAUUAAAUAAAUUUAAAUUUGUCAGAAACAGUCGAAACAAUAGACCAAAAAUGGAGCAGUUAUAUCAUGAAACCAAUCGUAUCAUACAGGAAACCCAUCAAUGUUUCCAAGAGCUUAACAAUCCGAAAGUUGAUUCGAUUUUCGUAGAAAACACAAUAUCAACAAAAAUUGCAACUGUGAAUGCGAAUUGUGAUAGACUAGACGUUCUUGUAUUUAAAGUGCCUGUGUCCCAAAGAUCCAAUGCCAAAAUGAGAGUGGACCAACUGAAGUACGACAUAAGACAUUUACAGAGUGCCCUACAAAAUUGGCAACAAAAGAAACAGAAACGGGAAACGGAGAUACAGGAUCGAGAACAAUUGUUGAACCGGCGAUUCACUUCAAAUGCUGAUACUACAAUCGAUUUGGAUUAUUCGCUGCAGCAGCAUAAUUCCAUGAACAAUGCACAUCGGGGGAUUGAUGAAAUGUUGAUGACCGGCCAGAACGUUCUCGGCAGUCUCCAUUCGCAGCGGGACACACUGAAGGGAGCCCAUAAACGAAUUCUGGAUAUUGGAAACACUUUAGGCCUAUCAAAUCACACAAUGAAACUGAUCGAACGACGAAUUCAUGAAGAUAAAUAUGUGCUGCUCGGUGGCAUGGCAGUGACAACUGUUAUCAUUGUCGGCAUCAUUUAUUACUUUGUGUUAUAAUUCCAUGUUUAAAGUUAAACGCUGAAAAAGUUGAUUCAAAUGCGACUGUAUCGUACAUUUGUAUGCCCACGAGAUCUAUAAAUUAUUUCCGAAAAUUGUGCCUA